UGUCAAGGGUUACAGAGGAAGCUACAAAAUGGCGGAYGACUUGUAGAUAAAAAGCGCGCAAAAUGCCAGCUUCCAACAAGAAACAAGAGAAAGGAGGAACGAAGUCAGAUGAGGGUCAAAAUGUCCUCAAAGGAGUGUAUAUGUUUGCAAAUGGAGACAAAUAUGAUGGUGAAUAUAUUCAGAAAAUGUCUGGAGGUUUACAAAGAAGUGGGUGUGGUGAACAUGUGACUGCRGAGGGUCUUGUUUAUAAUGGUGACUGGAAGAAAGAUAAAAUGAAUGGCACUGGAAAACUUUCUCAUCCAUCAGGUGCUGUUUAUGAGGGUGAAUUUGUCAAUAAUAUGUUCCAUGGCUAUGGSAAGUACACAUGGCCAGAUGGCUCAGUGUACGAAGGGAAUUUCUGUGAUAACAAGGUUGAGGGUCAAGGUCAGUUCACUGAUGUCAAUGGCCAAGUCUGGGUUGGUAACUUUACCCAUCAUGCUGCACCAGGACUCAAAUUUAAACUCAAUUUAUGAGCCCAAAAUARGAAAAUAUUUUUAGAUACAAUGUAUAUAUCUUGUUGUUAGAAUCUGUCUGACUUUUAUAGUUACUGUACAUGAAUAUUGAAUAUUAUUUUAUCAAUGAACACAUUAGUGAUAUGUACAAUCGAUGUUAAUGCCAAGUAGACUAGUGUUCAUUUGAUAACAUAUAUCAUAUUCAUCUUGCUAAUAAUGACUUUGUAAAUUAUAAAAAAAGCUUGAAAUGUUCCCUACAGUACAUGUAGGAACUUUUAAAUAAUGUUUUAUUAGUCAGGAACUAUUACAAAUAAAUUAAAUCUGUAAUUAAAUACUCCAUAUUAAUAAACAUUAUGAUUUAUUUUGCAAA